AUGGUCCCCGCCGCCGCCGGCGCGCUGCUCUGGGCCCUGCUGCUGCUGAGCCUGGGGACCGAGGCGGUGGUGGCGGGGGCCCAAGGCCCGACUGCAGCCGGGAGACAGCCGGCCCGGCUCCGCUCCCGGGGCCCGCCGACCCGCAACUACCGGCCCUCGCCCCGCGCCGGCGGCGGCCCCCCGAAGCGAAGGGUGAUAAUGGAGGAUGAGGACGACGAGUCGGCCACCGCCGACCGCCUGGCAGGCCCCGCCGUGGACGAGCUCUUGGCCUCCACGGUGUCCACGGACAUGAACAGGUUGCGGUCCUGGGAGCAAGAUCAGGACGGGUCCCUGGAGGAGGGGGUCGUGAUCAACGCCCAGAAGAACAACAGCGAGGCGAGGCUUGAGGGCAGGCCUUCCACGACCACGAGGAGGUUCAGCUCGAGGUUUGCAGCGAACAUCCAGGAGCCGGAGUACAGGCUGACCACCAGCCUGCCGCCCGAAGACUGGAACACGGAGCACCGGGCGCUGUACGACACCAGCCUGGCCGGCUGGUCCACCGCGGGGUCCACCCCCAGGCGCUGGUCCCGCGUCCCACUCACCUCCGCGCCCCCUCCCGAGGAGCUGCGGCUGGUGCUGAUGCCCUGGGGCCCGUGGCACUGCCACUGCCAGUCGGGCACCAUGAGCAGGACCCGGGCAGGGAGGCUGCAGGGCCUUUCUGGGCGCCUUCGAGUCGGGGCCCUGAGCCAGCUCCGCACAGAGCACCGGCCUUGCACCUACCGUCAGUGCCGCUGCGAUCGGCGCCUGGAGGAGUGCCCCCUGGACUCCGCCCUCUGGCCUGAGACUCAGACCACCACCACCACUACCCCCACCACCACCACCACCACCACCCCCGCCCCCGCCCCCACCCUCACCGCCACCACCACCACCACCACCUCCUCUAGGCCCAUGUUCAGCCAUAGCACCAGAUACAGCUUCAGCCCCGGCCCCAGCCCCAGCCCAGCGCUUCUGUUUUGGAGGCAUGUCAGGGCGGGGCUGGAGGAUAUUUGGAACAGCCUCUCUUCAGUGUUCAUAAGGAUGCAACCAAUAGACAGAAACCGGAGGCUAAUGGCCACUUGA